UCAAAAUAAACAGCUGCAGCACAGCAGGGACCAGGCAGACACAGGCACUGAACUGAAAACUGAAGCACAGAGCAGUACAGAGAAGAAUUUCAUCUUUCAUUGUCGCGUUUGAACGUUGAUGAGAUCUGUGAAAGCCCUUUUUGCUAAUUAAGCCAUGCCGAAUGAUGCUCGAGUUCGGGCACUGCUGGGGGAUCUGGGCAGAGCCACUCUGCGGGGUGUCCGCAAGUGUCCCAAAUGUGGCACGUACAACGGCACCAGAGGGUCCAGCUGCAAGAACAGAGCCUGCGACGUCGUCUUCAACAGGGGGCUCGCGGACAAGCAGAACAAACCGAUCGACGCGUGCAAAUUAAUCACAGGCGGCUCCAACCAGUUGUAUUCUGUUCGUGUGAGAGAAAAAGGUCCAGAUGUGCGUGGAUUCGUGCACGUCCCCCAAAACUUGGACUCGGCGUCUAGUUUGGAUGCUUCGAGCGAUGCUCUCAGUCUGCUAAACUCUCAGGGUCAAUGCUUUGUCGAGAAUUGCCAAAGGCAGUUUGAGGACAAAAAUGGAUUUCCUUCUCUCCAGCUGCUGCCUUGCAACCACAUUCAGGCUGCUGUCCGAUGUUACACUCAAGCUCAGCCGUUGCUGAUUAAAAACGAAAUUUUGCAGACUUUAGUUGUCAGUAAUGAGGUCAAGCAGGCCAUUUGGCUUCUGCAAUCUGAGACCGACGGGCCACUGGUGCAGAGAGUCUCCAAAAAUAUGAUGGUCGUGAAGUGCAAACCAAGCCCCAAGUGUCCGCUCGGCUACGUCCACCUCAGCAUUUUCAGCACGAAAAUUAAGGAGAGAGUCGAGCACAAAUACUGCUGCGCUUGCAAGGCCUAUGACAACAUGACCAGCAAAGUUCCUGGGAAGAAUCCAAACGAGAAGCAGUGCUUGCACUAUUACGCUUGUGUUGCAGCUUUUGCCAGUGAUGUCAAGUUGUCUGAAGAAUUUACUAUGUAUGUUUCGCUGCUAGUCCCGCAAAUCACUCAACUUAAAGAUGCGCUUGAUGCAACCAAAUUGUUGGUCAAUCAAUUACCGAUUGAUCAGAUUGUAGCUGUCGUCACAAAACAGACCGCAGAUGGUGGCCAAGAAGUCAGUUUCCAGGUUUUGAGUGACCAGUCCAUCCUCGGAACCACUAGUCUCUCCCUCAACGAUGAUGGACAAAUCACUGAGGUGCACUCACUAGACGCAAACCUUGACGAUAUUCAAAUGAAAAUUGGCGAUCAGGAUGAGAGUCUAACCUUCCCGAGUCUGGACAGUCAACUGCUUGACCGGACCAUUGGCUUAGUCGAUGUUGGGAAGAAGGUGGACGUGCUUGACUCUGCUGUCUCGACCGCUUUCCUCAUGCCUGAAGUAGCGAGCGCAAGGACGCAUCCACCAGACAUGCCGAUGUUGUCUUUGGGGAAGAGGAAGCCAGUGGCCAAAAAGAAUCCAGCGUGUUUUGCCAAGAAGUUGAAUCCAGCCUCAACAGAGCCUGUGGACGAAUCUCGGGCCUCGUAUGCCUUUAUGGAGUGGCUGGCGUCUGUGACUGAGCGGUUGAAUGAGACGAUGCACUACGAGACCUCUGGCAAACCAGACCCGCUGGUGUUCCACGUACCUCAGGUGUUCUUUGACUGCCUGAAAGAGCGAAUUUGCAACGGCGGGAAGAAGAAAAGGAUUCCCGCUGUGACGACGGUGAACCGACUGCUGAGUUCUACGCCGCGCUCGAGCAACUUCGUCAAGUACACUUGGCACAUAACCAAUAUUAUUCACGUCAAAAAGAUCUUUGAUACUCCAGCGGUGCCGUUGGACAUCACGAGGAGCUUUGUCGAGAAUAAAGAUGGAACUUUUGACCACUUUGUGAGCUUGAGCGAGGAGGAAAAGUCCCUUUUCUCCGCUAACAUGCCGCUCAUUCGGCCCCUGGAGCUGAAAACCUACUUGAAAAUAGGUUUAACAGCGCCAGAGCAGAAAAAUCCGACCCCGUUCAUCAUCGAGUGGGUUCCAGACGUGUUUCCGCGUACGCACGUGGGAGAGAUGUCGCUGACUUUUGAAUUUGGCCAUCAGCGCUUUCAGCAGCACCCGCACAACUGCCAAGACGUAGCCAAAAAAGUAAACCGCUCCCCGAAAAUUCUCUGUGCCAAAAAGAAGCUUCUGUAGUGAUUUAGAGUUUGUGGACGUAACCGCUUGCCAAAUUUACUGGGAAUCUUUUAUUUUAUGACUGUUGUUAGUUAGCAUCAAGAACCUUGUUUGUCCUGCGACUUGUGAUUGCAUUUAUUACAUAGAAUUUUCGCGUCGAUGUGAAAUUAUUGAGUUAUCCGAGUUAUCGUAGACGAAGCAGAUUAAAUGUUCUGGUUGUUGUGAUAUUAAAAAGUGCUUAUAAUCAA